UCUCAGCCGGGCAGGAGGGCUUGGCCAGCGACAGCGGGCAGGGGCCCUGGGGUGGGCCAGCCAGGCCUGGAUGCUGCUUCCAGGCUCUACAUAGGGCACCUGCCAGCCCAUACCCCUCUCCUGGGCCAGUCACAGAAGAAACAGGGCAGCAGUCAAUAAAGAAAAGGAGGGGACUUGGCCCAGCUGGACCAGGAAGGGAGGGGAACCUUGAGCCUGGAGCCUGAACACAAGACACACCCCAACACCCCCACCCUGGAGGGCAGUACAGACGCAACACGCAAAGAGAUGAACACAUACCUUCUGGCUCCUGCAGAAGGAUAAGACUGGGAAGACCAGGAGAGGCAGAGGAGGCUGGGAUGCCCAGGGCUCCAGCUUCACCCAGCCCAGUCCUGCCAGUGACAACAGAAUAGCAUGCACCGGGCCAGAACCAGCCCAGCUGGAGACAGAGGCAAGAGGAUUCACGACCAUCUGGGGUAGAGCACGGGGCUCCCCACGCUCCCUGUCCCCAUGGACGCUGCCCAUCUGAGGCCAGGCAGCCAGCCCCAACCAGAUGAGGGCCAUCUGCCGCCCCUCAAGGCUGUCCCCGUCCCCUGGAAGAGUGUGGGUCCCGGUAAAAACCUCAGGGAGACCCCGGGAAGCCUGGCGGAGACGUCUGUUGGGGAGGAGGCCCAAGGUGAGGAGGGCCCUGCAGCCACCCAGCUGAAUGUGUCGCGCCUGCGCAGCUCUUCCAUGGAGAUCCGAGAGAAGGGCUCCGAGUUCCUGAAGGAGGAGCUGCACAGAGCCCAGAAGGAGCUGAAGCUGAAGGACGAGGAGUGCGAGCGGCUGUCCAAGGUGCGGGAGCAGCUGGAGCGGGAGCUGGAGGAGCUGACGGCCAGCCUGUUCGAGGAAGCCCAUAAGAUGGUACGAGAAGCCAACGUGAAGCAGGCGGCGUCAGAAAAGCAGCUGAAGGAGGCUCGGGGCAAGAUCGACAUGCUGCAGGCAGAGGUGACAGCCUUGAAGACACUGGUCAUCACAUCCACACCAGCCUCCCCCAACCGCGAGCUGCACCCCCAGCUGCUGAGCCCCACCAAGGCCGUGCCACGCAAGGGCCACUCUCGCCAUAAGAGCACCAGCAGCGCCCUCUGCCCUGCUGUGUGCCCUGCCGCGGGGCACCUCCUCACCCCGGACAAGGAGGGCAAAGAGGUAGACACCACCCUGUUUGCAGAAUUCCAGGCCUGGCGGGAAUCGCCCACCCUGGACAAGAGCUCCCCUUUCCUGGGACGGGUGUACCGGGAGGACGUGGGGCCCUGCCUGGACUUCACUAUGCAGGAGCUCUCGGCGCUGGUCCGGGCGGCCGUGGAGGACAACACGCUCACCAUCGAGCCCGUGGCCUCGCAUACACUGCCCGCGGUGAAGGUGCCCGCAGUCAAGUGUGGCAGCACCAAUACCUGUGCCCUGAGUGGGCUGGCCCGCUCCUGCCGCCACCGCAUCCGGCUGGGAGACUCCGAGAGCCACUACUACAUCUCGCCGUCCUCCCGGGCCAGGAUCACCGCCGUGUGCAACUUCUUUACCUACAUCCGCUACAUACAGCAAGGCCUGGUGCGGCAGGACGCGGAGCCAAUGUUCUGGGAGAUCACCAGGCUGAGGAAGGAGAUGUCGCUGGCCAAACUCGGCUACUUCCCCCAGGAGGUCUAGGGCAUGGCCCAGGCCUGGCUGGGGCUCUGAGCCGGAGCCAACACCUGCCCAGGACGGACAGACAGAAAGAAGAUGGGGUCAUGGAGCCAGCCUGGGGCUUGAAGCUGGACAGCUGGCUUGGCCAGGGAGCAGCACUGAGCCGUACCCCAGCGUCCAUCCCAGGAUGAACAGGACCUCAUGAGGUGACUCUUCCCCUGUGGUACUACAGGCCACCGGGAGACUUCCAGGAAGCACCAAAGACCAAGGAACUUGGAGCCGCACUCAGGGGCUCAGCCCUUGGGAGGGGACCCCUGAGGCAGCCAGUAUCCCUCCCCUGUCCUGGAGCUGCUGCCUGCAGGUGCCUUGUUGUUGUGGGUCCUCAGAAAGGGACUGUUCUUGGUGGCCAGAUCCCCAGGGUAUCCCCCACCCCAGUUUCCAAGCCCUGAGCCAUCAGCACCCCCUUGUGGCCAUUCUACAUCCUGUUCCCAGAUGACCUCCCCAUUGGGCAGCAGGGCUAGGAGGGGCUGGCAGGCCUCCAGGGCUGUCGUCCACGCCAACCUCUGUCUGCUUAGAACCACCCAGAACAUUCUUAAGAUGGAUCAGGGUCUCUCCUCCCUUCCUCCCCUGUCUGAGCCCAUGCUCCUGGAGGCCCUACCUCCACCACCUCUGGAAGGAUUAGGACACUUUUCUCCCACAUUAAAACCUGAUGGGGCCUCUGGAUGCCUGUUCUCAGCCUGUUCUCAGACCAUUCAGACAUCGGGGGCUCUGGUUGCCAAGCCUCAGACACAGAACCCGGGUGGGCCAGGCAGGACCUGGACCCCUCCUCACCCCUCACACUCACUCGGGACUGGGGUCCAGCCUGGACACAUCCCUCACCACGUCUGAGUUCCUCCUUUGAAUGGAAUGUAACGCGAUCUCUAUUUAAUAAAGGCAGACUUUGCUGGUAGGCUGGGCAUCCACGCGCCUUCACUUCUGC